AUGGACUUAUCAACUAGGGCAAGUACAGUGUUUACUUUACCUAAAUUUCCAUCUCCAUAUGAUAGAAGUCGUGUAGCCUCAGUAGAAGAAUUUGAAAAGGUAAAUAAUAUAGAAAAUGAAACAAAAAAUGAGACAAAUAUUUGUGUUGUAAGACCUGAAAUUAGAAAAACUAGCAUUGGUUUAAGUAGAGUAAAUGAAUUGGAAGUUCAACUAAAAAUGAAGGAGAAAAUAAUAGAGGAACUUUUGGAGGAAAAUAAUAAAUUAGUUAAUAAUAUAAAUUCUAUUGAGUUAGCAAGAGAUGAGGAAAGAGUUCGUAUGCAACAAGGGACUGAGAGAAUUUUGCAACAAGUUGUUGAAGACAAUGAAUGGUAUAAGGCGAAUUUUGUAGAAUUAAAGAAUGACCUAGAGAAAGCAAUUGUUCAAGUAAAAUCUAAAAGUAAAGAAUUAUCUAACCUUGAAAAAAGGUGUAAAUUACUUAUUGAAGAGAAGGAUACAUUAAAACAACAUUCAGAGAAAAUUUCAGCUCAAUAUCUUAACUCAGUUAAUCAAAUAGAGCUUUAUAGGAAAUGUAUUGAUAAAAUAAUAGGAGUAACAGGAAAGUUUAUUGGGAGCUCAGAAGGAUAUCUUCCUAGUUAUUAUGGUAAUAGUUGCAAUAUAAUUAAGAUACUUGACAAUAUUGCUAAUUUAUUAAUUAAUAAGUCAAAUAUCCGAAAGGCUCUUAAAUUGAUUUUAGAAAUCAAAGAUAGGGCAAGGGAUGCUGAAAUAGAGAUAUUUACGAUAAAGGAUAAUACUUUUUGGAAUGGAGAUAAUGACAUAUUUGAAUUAGGAGUUAGUGAUUUAGAUAAAACUGUGGAAAAUGACUAUAAUAUUGAGAAGAACAAUAAAGACAAAUAUUUAGAGAAAGAUAUAUCUAUAGAGAAGACAUCUGAUAGUAAAUUACCGUCAAAUAUCUUGCAGUUAAAAUAUAACUUUUUAUUGAAAGAUUUAGAAGAAGCGAAAAAUGAAAUAAAAAAGCUUAGAAAAGAAGUCAUUUCGAGAGGAGAGAAAAUAGAAGCAAUGAAGAAGCAAAAGUAUGAAGUUCUGAAGGUGAAAAGUCUAGACAACUCUGUGGUUGAGAUCCUCAAGUCACAAAUUGAUGAUUUAAAGAGUGAAAAAGCAAAGUUAUUCAAAGAAUUAUCAGAUAUGAAAAAUAAAGAAUCUAAAAAUAGGAAAGAAUGCAAAAAAUCUACUAUACUUGAAAAAUGCACAGACUCUAGAGAAAGUGAAAGUGAUAUAUCUUAUCUGGAACUAUAUAGAGAUACAGAAAACUUAUCUAUUAGAAGUGAUUAUUCUUGUAUUCAAGAUCACAAUGAUACUAUAUUUGGAGACAAUUUGGAUAAUAAAGGAAUUGAUACUGUUGCUAUAGAGGAGUAUCCAGACCCUGUUAAUUAUAAUAAUCAAUAUUUAGAUUUUAAUACAAAGCAAUCUGUAGAUGAAAUUAUAAAAAAGUACAUAAAAUAUCCUUUAGAAGGACAUUUGAAGAGACAAAGUGUACAGAAGAGACUUAUUCAGCGUAAUCGGUAUUAUUCAUAA